AGGGCGCUGUGCUGUUGCCGCUUUGCUGAAUUGAAGGAAGAGUUGUGGCCUUACGAGUCAACAUCAUCUUCCUGAGGUCCGUCUCAAACUCACAGCUGGACAAAAUGCUGGUCCUUGUGUUAGGUGACCUGCACAUUCCCCACCGAUGCAACACUUUACCUGCCAAGUUCAAGAAGUUACUGGUGCCUGGCAAGAUUCAGCACAUCCUGUGCACUGGAAACCUCUGUACAAAGGAGAGCUAUGACUACCUGAAGACACUUGCUGGAGACGUUCACAUAGUCAGAGGAGACUUUGAUGAGAACUUGAAUUAUCCAGAGCAGAAGGUGGUGACAGUCGGGCAGUUUAAAAUCGGUCUGAUCCACGGCCAUCAGGUGAUACCUUGGGGUGACAUGGCCAGCCUUGCACUGCUUCAGAGACAGCUGGAUGUGGAUAUUCUCAUCUCUGGCCACACACACAAAUUUGAAGCCUUUGAGAAUGAGAACAAAUUUUAUAUUAACCCCGGAUCAGCCACAGGGGCCUAUAAUGCACUGGAAAGUAACAUCACACCAUCGUUUGUAUUGAUGGACAUUCAGGCAUCCACUGUGGUAACGUACGUCUACCAGCUCAUUGGUGACGACGUCAAAGUCGAGAGAAUCGAAUACAAAAAGUCUUAAAUACGUCUGAUGGUGUCUGCGGCCUUCUUUCAGGAUGCCAAUCCUGUCAUUCCUUCACACCCGAACCCACCGUGCAAAUGCUGUAUCAUAACGUUGCGCUAUUUUAAUGUAAUAUAUAAUACUGUUUAUAUGUCAUCAGAAUAUCAUAGGUUGUUUUGGUUAGUGGUUUCAGCAGAAUGCAAUAAUGUAAUGUUAGUGAGACAUAGUCUAUUCAUAUGUUAUGUGCCCUAUUAAUUUUUUCAAGGCCAUAAGAUGUGUUUUUCAAGGUCCAUGUGAAAUCAUAUUUCGUAUAAUAAAGCCUCACAUCACAUGAGAAGCGAU